AUGAUCUUCUCGCGGUCUUCAAAGAUGCACCGAUACAUAAUAAAAUUACGCAACAAAAAUAGUUUUCAUUUCAUUGUAUAUCACAAGAGCAGCCUGAUGUUUAAGUUUGGAAAAUUUAAGAGUACCUUUGAUGUGUACAGUGCGACAAAGGGCGGACACCAAGAACGUGUCAGUGAUGGAAUAUCAUCUGUAACUGGAGCUUACAGACUUAGUAGGAAUGAGUUUUCUAUGCCUGGCAAGUACUCAGAGACGCAAGAAAAAGUAAACGUUGCGGCUCCAGUGCAACCUAAGAUCCCACCACAACAAAUAUUAGUGUCAAGUCGACAACCUAAAAGCUCUAAGGAGGGUGUAACGAACAAACUUCCUCCACCACCGAUACCACCAACGCAAUCUGGGGUGGUUCUAAACCCGCAAGGACCAAGUGAACCCGGCAGUGCACUAAGUGAACGCGUCAGAGCAGUAAGUGAACCCAGUAUUAAAGAAGCAAGUGGUCCCAGUAGUAAAGGACCAACUGCAAAUCCAAAUAAUAGUCAGCGACAACUAGACGCAUAUAAAAGAGUGGAAAAAAAACGACUCGAGGAACAAAAGAAGUUAGAAAAGAAAAGGUUAGAGGAGCAGAAAAAACUGGAGAAGAAACGAUUAGAAGAACAGAAGAAAAGUCAGAAAUUAGCGUUACAGGAGCAAGCAAAGCAGGAAAAAUUAAGAAAAGAGAGGGAAAAGAAAGAGGCACAACAAUUAAAGAAAGAUAAGAAGAACAAGAAACAAGCACCACAGAGACCUUUAGCAAACCCUAUGGCGCAAGGUUCUUCCCAGGCGCCUAGUAAUCCCCCAGCCCAGUCAAGUGCUGACCCACGUUCUACUAAUACUUUAAAUAGCUCAAUCAGUAAGACAAGUGGUCCACCGCCCUAUUCAGAAGUUCCUCAGUCAGAGAGAAAGGAGAAUGAGACCAAUAGUAACGUGCAAUUUCGCAAGCCAGUUGAAGCCGAUAGCUGGGAUUUAGUAGCACAGCACAGACACAACGUCAGUACCGGUAAAAAUGCGAAUCCAACGCAACCCGUAAAAGGCCAGACUACGAUGGAUUUAAACUUUAGUUUGGGUGAAGGUAAAAGUAAUGCUUAA